AUGAAGUCCAUCUCCAUCCUCAUGGCCUUCGCCUCCACUGGCGCCUUCGCAUCAGCAAUCCACAUACCCAACCUCCAAGACCGCGCAAUCGAUCCUGCAACCAUGAACCCAACACUCCUCUCGGUCUUGUCAGUGCUCAAAACGGCUAUGCCCACGGGCCCCAACGCCCCCAUGCCAACAGGCGAUCUGGAGCCGAAUUGGUACCAGAAAUUACCCGGAGACGUCAAGAGUCUGUUGCCGGAGCUGUAUCCCGCUGCUGCGGCUGCGACGUCAGAAGCGGGCGCGGGUGUUGUGAGUCAAGCACAGAUCGGCGUCAACAAUUACCGACGUAGUGUCGCCUUCGUCAUCUGA